CAAAAUUACCUUAUUCUCAAAUGGUACGGUGAAUAUGCUAAGCUAGAUUUUAAGAACGUAAACGUUUUAGAGAUUGAUUAUGCCCUGGUUGUGCAAGUGUUAGCAACUUGCCGGAGAACAACUGUUCAGCUACACAGAUGGCGUCACGGAAACAGAUCACACCCUCAGUUCAGUUGUCCAAAUCCUUGUCGUGGUUAUUGAGACAUGGAGCAGAGAAGGAAGGGUUUCAACUUUUACCGGGAGGGUUUCUUUUUAUAGAUGAUAUCCUGAGGAAACCAAAGUUCAAGAGAUUUACUACUGAAGACAUAGUAGAUGUGGUCAACACCAAUGAUAAACAAAGAUUUCAUCUGGAGACUGAUAGCAUAACAGGUCAACUUAAAAUAAGAGCAAACCAAGGACACUCCUUAGUGGUGCCAGAUCUAGAGUUGAAGCCCAUCACCUCAGCAGAGCAAUAUUCUUCUGUUAUCCAUGGCACUUACUACAAAUUUUGGGAAUCUAUCAAACGCCAGGGACUGAAGAGGAUGACAAGAACUCACAUACAUUUUGCUGCUGGUGAACCAGGAGAGAGUGGCAUCAUCAGUGGAAUGCGGAACAGCUGUGAUCUUAUGAUUUAUCUUGAUCUGGAGAAAGCUCUUCUGAGUGGUCUGCAGUUUUUCUUGUCAUCAAAUAAUGUAAUACUGAGCAGUGGAGAUGAAAAUGGAGUGAUAGCACCCAUAUUCUUUCAAAAGGUUGUGGACAGGAAAACAGGUCUGCAUGUUAUUUAUAAAAUGGACAAAACUUACUUCAGGACAUCGCUUUUUUGGAUGAAACUGGAAAAAAUCACUAUCAGAAGGUGCUAGCGGAAUCUGAAUUGGUAUUAGCUGAUGAUCUUGCUGAUGAAGUUAGCAGGCAGAGAAAAGCUCGCAGGAAAAAAGGACAUGAGUCUGGAAAAAGAUAGUAAAACUUUGUGUUUAUGCAUCUAGUUUAGAAAAUAGCUCUGUCUGUGAUAAAUUUUUUAUUAGAUUUUUGUCUAAUAAAACAUGAAUAAAUAAAGUAA